CAUGAAACUUAUUCAUUAUGCAUCUGAAACAUAAAUUAUAAAAUAUAAAUCUUCAAAAGAUAGAUAUUAAUUUUAUUCAAAUUUCUGUCUUACACAUAAAUUCAUUUGCCAAUGUAAUAGGCGAAAUGUAACAAAAAAAUUAAACUGAGAACACUACAUCUUUUGUUUCUUUCAAGCACUAUGAUUGUAAUAUUUCAUUUAAUGUUUUAAUAUCUUCUAUAUAUCUGUAACAAGAAUUUGUAAUUUGAAUGUUCCCGCGAAAAGUUGUUUAAAAUUUAGACUGAGUUGUGAUUGGCUAAACCAUAUUGGCGGUUAAAGUGAAUUUAAACUUAACACCAAAUCACUGAGGUAGGCAAACAUUAAAUGUUGUUAAAACGUGUGCGAUGAAACUUGUGCAAAUGAAAGACUGUAAAAGUGUUUUAAAAAAUGUUUUUGGCUACGAAAACUUUAAAAGCAAAAUUCAAGAAAAAGCUGUUAUUGCUAUUUGCACAGGUGUAAGAUAUGUAUUUAUAUCUAUGCCUCCUGGGUUUGGCAGGUCCCUUUGUUAUCAGUUACCUGUUUUCUUACAAAAGGGAAUUGGAAUAAUUUUUUCUCCAAAAUUAUCAUUUAUUAAGAAAGAAGUAGAUUUUUUAAAAAGCAAAUGCAUUAAUGUUGGCUUAUUGUCCAAAAAUACAAAAAUAUCUGAAAGGGAUAAUGUCUUAAAUGAUUUAACAUCAGAGUAUCCAAAAAUAGUAUUGUUAUACGUGACUCUUGAAAUGAGUAAUAUUUCCAAUUUUAGAAAUAGGAACUGUCAACAGGAACUCUUGGUUUUAUUAAAAAAACGUAACUUAUUGUCUCACAUUGUAUUUAAUGAAACUCAUUGUUUAAGUGAAUGGGGAUAUGACUAUAAACCUGGUUAUAAAGAUAUAAAUAUUUCAUUUAGAAACAAAGUAUUGGAGCAUGUUCCAAAAAUUGCAGUAACUACAACUGUUACUAAUAAGGUAACAAUAGACAUCUGCAAAUUUUUAACAUCAGAACAGGUAAAAAUUUUUAAAAUACCUGUACAAAAGAUCAAUGUACACUUUGACGUGUGGUUUGUGGAUAUACUUUAUGACCCUAUUGAUCAUCUUAAAAAAUUUAUCACAAGUGUACUUAGCCUGUUUGAUUUAUCCAAUAAGACACAUAAAGGUUUUGGCAUUAUUUACUGUAGAGAAGUGUCUACUGUGGAAUUAUUGCAGAAAAAAUUAAAGGACCUAGGCAUAUCUACACUUGUUUAUCACCAUAAAUUAAAGAAUAGUAUCCAACGUCGCACUGAAAAUGAAUGGAUAUCUGAGAAAAUUCGUGUUAUCAUUACUACAUAUAAUUAUGGAUUUAUUUAUAAGAAAAAGAUUAGAUGCAUCGUUCAUUGGACAAUACCUGAGAAUAUUGCCAAAUAUUAUAGAGAAUGUGCACAGACACAUUUAGAAAAUAAUCAUGCAUAUUGCAGAAUAUAUUUUAGUACGGAAGAACAUUCUUCCGUGAAACUCAGUAUCAAAAAUCACAAAGUAAUUAACGAUUUAGAACAUACUCAGAUACGAUUAAAUGAAUAUAACAAAUUUGUAUCUUAUUGCCUUUCAAUGAUGUGUCGACAUACAACCAUUAGUCGAUAUUUCGGGCAUAUAAUGCCGCCUUGUAAAACGAAUUGCGAUGUCUGUAAAGACGAAGAAACAGCAAUGAUUAGGACGCAUAAAUUUAUUGCAUAUUCAGAAGAGUGUAAAGGGAUAAAAUAUAACAUCUGUGAUGUUAAUGAGGACUUAAAGAAACAUCAACAGAAACAACUUGAAGAGCAAUUAGAUGUAACUUCAAAAGUUAAAGAAGUGGAAGUUGAAGAAGUAGCAGAAAAUAGUAUAAAAAUAGAACGCAUAUCAACAAAAGUAAUAAAACAAUCGAAUCUGACUGCAAAAAUUGCAGAAGAAUCAAAAGAUAGCUUAGAAACGGGACAUAAAUCAUCAGAAUCCUCUGACAAAAAAAUUACCUUGAAUAGGAACUUGAAUAGCAACGUACAGUUUAUUAAGUUAAACAAUGGAAAACAGAAGUUGCCGGCAGAAAAUACUUCUCUUAGAAGGAUUGAUCACUCAGUGGAUAGAAAAAUUAAAAACAAUACAGAGAAUACGGUGAAACCUGCAAAAGAUUAUUCACUUAUGAUACAGUCAAGUAAAUCUGUAAUAACGCAGUCUUUGCUGAAUAAAUACAAGUUAGACACUAAAGCGAUAUCUUUGGAACCUUGCAGCUCACAGGGUAAUAUUUACCAAUCUACAAAACAAAAAGUAAUCACUAUUGGAUCUUGCAAUAAUAAAAACGAACAAAGCUCGUCGAAAGUUUUAAAAAUCGAUGACGAAAUAAAGAUGGGUGUCGGAGAAGAGGAUCGUGCUCUUAGACAAAAUUCUCGCGGGCCAAUCAUCAUUGAAGACAAACAGUUAGAUAAAACCUUGAGGAAACGUUUCAUCAUCGUGGACACGUGUCCUGAAAAGAAACGAAGGAAAUUGGAAUUCGAAAAUAAACCAACUAUUGGGACAGGAAUAAAUAGAGAUGGAGGAAAUGCCUCUGACUCGUGUGUUGGACGGAUCAGGGAUGAUACAGAUGAAAACUCGACCCGUGAUGAUGAGAGGAUAGAAUAUAUGAUAAAUAAGUAUAAACUAAACAAAUAUUCAAUAACAUUAACACCACAGAAGAAGUAGCUAAAUAUGCACAACAUCGCAUUUAUCGAUUAUAUAAGAUUACUUGUACUGUUAUUAUUCUUUUUAAAGAGAAGAUAAUACAAUUAUACCACAAUUAGGGCGUAAGUAAAAUAUAUUAAGGUAUAUUACAAUAUUAUGUAUUUAGAAUACAAUUGUUAAAAAUAGCAUGAUUAGUGACAAUUAUCAAUACUUAUGAAUAUGUUGAACGUUAGCUGCAAUAAAGAAUGCCUCGCAAUAGUUGUUAUAAUUGUCAUAAGUUUUAAUAUUAAAUGAAAGAAUAUUUGUAAGUUGGUCGCAAAGUAAUUUUUAUUUCAUUUCGAUAGAUCUAACUGAGAAGCGAAGUAUGUAGGUUGUAUUCGUAAAACGUCAAACUUGCUCACCCACGCAACAGGUGAUACUGAGCACAAAAUUAUGUUCGGUUCUACAAUGUUAUCUAUUUAUUUUAUGCGCCAUGAUUAGAUUAAUAUUUAAACUUUAUUUCAUUUUCUUUUUAUCGAUUAUAAAACUAAUUAAAAAAUUACUUAGUUCCGUUAUUAUUGUUAUUAUUAUUUUUGUGCAAUUAAAAAAUGUUAAGAAAUACACGUCACUACUACUUUGAAUAUAAAGAUCUCCAAUAUUUGAAUCCUUCGAUAUUUAAUUCAAAAUUUUUUCCUAUCAAUCCGUUACUUUUCGUUAAAUAAUCAAACUUCUGAAUUUUCCAUCUUCAACAAAAAGGGGAUUACAAUUUUCAUACUACAAUUCCAAUUAAUAUCAUUGAAGAAAAAGUUAUUUUAUACCACACUUAUCAUUUGCAUUAUCAUUUUUCAACAACAGAUAGGAGAAAAAAAAAAAAGGCAAGAAGAAUUAUUAAUUGUACUGUUUCCAUAUAAACGAUAUCAUUUAGAAGGAAUGUUUCGCCGGUCCAAAAAUAAACAAUUACUUAAAGUAUUGUUGGUACUCACCGUUCAGAGCAACAGGAGGUGGGAGAGAAAGAGAAGGUGGAGGAACGAGAUCGUGAUUCAUCCGAGUUCACCGGUGAAUUCGUUUUAGGAAUCACUGAACGAAUCUCUUCGCUUUCAUUUUGUCCUGGUCUUUUUCUUCAACUUAAAUUUUCAAUUUAUUAUUAAAAAACUCGUCGAUGAAACGAUACAAAUCGUAUCGACAUUAAUGAUUUAAACUAUUUAUAUUCAGGUAACGGAGAGGUCCCGCUAAUGCAGUAAACGCGGAGAAACAACCUGUUGGAAGGAACGCGACACCGAGAAACGAGUCACCGAAUGCUCGAAAUAUCUGGAACAAGACGGAAAAGAACUCCUUGCUGCACGAUGGACAACAUUACACUUAUGUAGAGGCAGUGCGGACGUAGCAGCCGCACCUGUGUUCCCUCCUUCCAUCCUUCCUAUGCUUUUUCUCACUUUCUCCUUGCAUGUCCGCGUCUCUCCUUUUUCUAUGAAUGUCGAGCUCCUCGUGCUUUUCCCCCCGAGUCGUUCUUUCUUUUUUCUUUUCUUCUUUCACCUUCUUUCCCAUCUGAUUGUACGUACUUUUUUUUUAGAGCUUCACUUUUCGACGAUCAGGCUGAUCCAAAUUUCGAGUGCAUGUGCUGCAAUUACUUCAAAUGUAUAUUGAAGAUGAAGGGAUCAACGUAAUAUAAUAUUUCUGUAAUAUACACAAGUGGAGAGGGUGAGAGGAAAGUUAAAACUUUCUUCAUAAAAAAUAAGUAUUAAAAGGAGCGAUGAUCAUUCUUAUCAAAAAAUAAGAAGGAACUUAAGAUUUUCAAAGUAGUUGGGAACGAACCUUUAUUGAAAAACGAAAGGGAAAUUUAUAUUUCCUAUUUUUUUAAAUAUUUUAAAUAGAAUCAAACUGAAUAAAUUCAAAAUUAUGUUUGAUUUUUUUCCCGUAUAAGAUCAAUGUUAAUAAAUCUUCGAACGACUUGUUUAACUCUUGAGUACCUUCUUAGUAUGCAUGUGUCAUGUACGUACUUGUUAUAUACAUACGUUAUAUAUAUGUAUAUGUACACACGACGUACCAGUUCAAGGCGAUUAAAAUUUAAACACAUAAAGUAAGCUUUGAUAAUUGGAAUAUAUUCUCUGAACGUUCUAUUCAUUCAUUUUAUUUUUUACUUCGAGAUAUUUUGGAUCAUUUGUAUCGUAAUUAACAAAUUUUUUUAUAUGUUACUAUUCUAUUAAUAAUUCAGUAAUAUACGAUUAUAAAUAUAAAGGAUAAAAUAUAGAAAAAAUUUGAUUAUUUGAUUAAAGUUUAUUUUAGCCUUUUUCUCAAUAAUUCUUUUUAAUAAUAAAUCGUUUAAAGUCACUCUCACUUCGAGUAAAAUGUGAAUAAAUAUUUACCGAUCAUUCUAAUGCUUUCAAAGGAAAUUCUUGAACACGUAAAACCGCGGACGAGGUAUUCAUAUGCGUAUUGAUGCGGAACAAUUUUUGUUAAUAUUUCAAAAAACACUUUCUAUUAUACUAAUCAAUAAUUUAAUAAUUUUUAUAUUUCUAUCACAAAGUUAUACUUCGAUGAAUUUAUCACAAUGUUAAAUAUAAUAAUUUAUUAUUUUUUUACCAGUUACUAA